GGUCUGGGAUUCACAGAAGAGAGGAAAGACAGGCAGACAGAGAAGCAAGUGCUAGGACAGAGAUGGGGGCCCAGAGCAGAGAGAAAGAGGAAGGAGCAAGUGAAACAAGGAGACAGACACUUGCAGAGGAGGUAGUGUGAGCAAGACCUGCUCAAACUGUCCACUGUAGCCAAAGAAGCAGUGGCCAGUGCGUGGAUUUCCUGCACCAACUCGUCCUGCUGUGGCUCGAAGCUGUCUCUGGGGUCCCUCUGUCAGUACUUCCUCUCUGCCGAGCACCAGGUCCUGAGACUGAACUAGGAGCUGGAACUCACUGCAUUCCAUAGUCAUGGGGCCCAGAAUAGGACCAGCAAGCGAAGGACCUCAGAUGCCAGACAAGGACACCAAAGCUACAAUGGUCACAGAAGACACAUCUGUGGGCAAAGCCUGCCCAGAACUCCAAGAUGUGCAAUUACGUGCAUUCCACAGCAUCAAGUUCUUCGUCCUGUGCCACAGCCUGCUGCAGCUGGCGCAGCUCAUGAUCUCCGGUUAUCUCAAGAGCUCCAUCUCCACGGUGGAGAAGCGCUUUGGCCUCUCCAGCCAGACCUCAGGGCUGCUGGCUGCCUUCAAUGAGGUGGGAAACACAGCCUUGAUUGUGUUUGUGAGCUAUUUUGGCAGCCGAGUACAUCGGCCCCGUAUGAUCGGCUGUGGGGCUGUGUUGGUGGCCCUGGCAGGCCUGCUCAUGAGUCUCCCUCAUUUCAUCUCGGAUCCAUAUCGCUAUGACCACAGCAGCCCUGAGGACAUGUUACAGGACUCCAAGACUUCCUUGUGUCUGCCCACAACCUCGGCCCCAGCCUCUGCUUCUUCCAACGGCAGCUGCUCAAGCUACACAGAGGCCAGACAUCUGACGGUGGUGGGAAUCAUGUUUGCAGCACAGACCUUGCUAGGUGUGGGUGGAGUGCCCAUUCAGCCCUUUGGCAUCUCCUACAUCGAUGACUUUGCUCACCACAGCAACUCACCCCUCUAUCUUGGGUUCCUGUUUGCAGUGACCGUGAUGGGGCCGGGCAUGGCCUACGGGCUGGGCAGCCUCAUGCUACGCCUUUAUGUGGACAUUGACCGGAUGCCAGAAGGUGGUGUCAGCCUGACCUCAAAGGACCCCCGAUGGGUGGGUGCCUGGUGGCUGGGCUUUCUCAUCUCUGCUGGCCUGGUGGCGCUGGCUGCCAUCCCCUACUUCUUCUUCCCCAAGGAGAUGUCCAAGGAGAAGCAUGAGCUCCGCUUCAGGCAGAAGACCUUGACUGGUCCAGCCUCACCUGUCAGCAAGGGUGAGGACUGCCCUUCUGAACAGAGCCCUGAGGAGCCCACAAAGAAGCAAGAUGGCCUAGCCCAGCUGGCCCCAGACCUGACUGUGAUCCAGUUCAUCAAAGUCUUCCCCAGGGUGCUGCUGCAGACACUGCGCCACCCCAUCUUCCUGCUGGUGGUCCUGUCGCAGGUGUGCAGAUCGUCCAUGGUGGCAGGCACGGCCAUCUUCCUGCCUAAGUUUCUGGAGCGCCAGUUUUCUGUCACAGCCUCCUUUGCCAACCUGCUCAUUGGCUGCCUCACCAUCCCCUCGGCUAUUGUGGGCAUCGUGGUGGGAGGCGUGCUGGUCAAGCGCCUCCACCUGGGCCCCUUGCGCUGCAGUGUCCUCUGCCUGCUGGGGGCAUUCUUCUGCCUGCUGCUCAGCCUCCCCCUCUUCUUCAUUGGAUGCUCUACCCACCAGAUCGCAGGCAUCACCACCCGGCAGCCUGGCACCCAGCCUGGGCAAAGGCUGUUCCCUGACUGCUCAGCAUCCUGCUCCUGCCCGCCAGAUGAUUUUAACCCUGUCUGCGACACCAUCGCCCAUGUGGAAUACACUACACCCUGCCAUGCUGGCUGCACAGGCCAUGUGAUCCAAGGGACUCUGGACAAAAGCCAGGUUUUCUACACCAACUGCAGCUGCGUGGUGGGGGGCGGCCCAGUGCCUGCAGGCUCCUGUGACUCAGACUGCAGCCACCUGCUGCUACCCUUCAUUCUCUUGGUCAGCCUGGGUGCAGCAGUGGCCAGUGUCACCCACACACCCUCUUUUAUGCUCAUUCUGAGGGGAGUGAAGAAGGAAGACAAGCCUUUGGCUGUGGGGAUGCAGUUCAUGCUCCUGAGAGUUUUGGCCUGGAUGCCCAGCCCCGUGAUCCACGGCAGUGCCAUUGACACCACUUGCAUGUACUGGGCCCAGAGCUGCGGGCGUCAAGCCGUCUGCCGUUACUAUGAUCAUGACUCGUUCCGAAGCAGGUUCAUCGGCCUCCAGUUUUUCUUCAAAAUGGGCAGCCUGGUGUGCUUUGCCUUAGUUUUGGCCAUCCUUAGGCACCAGAACAAAGACGCAAGGACCAAGACCAUCGUAUCUAGUCCUGGCCCAGAGCAGCAGUUGUUGGCAUCGGAGAUGGAGAAGAAACCGGAGGAUUCCAGGGUGUGAGUGGUCCUGGCCCCACCUGGUCAAGCAUGGCAGCCUUGCAGUACACUCUCUCAGCUUUUGACCAAAGACUGAGUGUCCAAAAUACUGUGUUCCAAUUCUGGCUUCUCUGCCAAAUUGCUGAGUUACUUUAGACAAGCUAUUGGCCCUCUCUGGGCUUUUGUUUGUCAUUAGAACCAGAGUCAUUGGGGAGUUGCUGUGGUGGACACUUCUGAAGCCAGGGUGUCUUUUUCAUUACUCCUGGAAUCAAACAGAUGACCUGAAACCAAAUUUUCUUGAGUGAAAGAACUGAAAACUUUACCAGGCAUAGGAAAGUAGACCAAAGUAGACCAGGCUGUCCUCCACAUGAGCCUCAACCCAGCUCUGCCACUCACUGGGAGCACCCUUUCUGAGUCUCAGGCACCUCCUCUGUUAGGCAGGAAUGCAUUCUCCAGCUUUCGGGCUCCAUCAGCCAUGAUCAUCUGUGUGGUCAGCAUAGACUCAGGUCUCCUCCCCAAGCUCAAACAGCCAUCAAGAAGUGUCUAUUUGGCGCCCCCUGGAGGCAUAGCCCAGAGCUGGCCUCAUACUCAGGACACCCAGCUUUCAAGGCCUUUAAUAAGGGUGCUGGACAGAAGCAUAUACGGACAGAUUCUCUGUUUGAUUUAGGAAAUCCCAACCCUUAUCCUCAGGAAGCCAGUAUUUGGGGAAGAAGCUCAGACCCUGCCUUGGAACUUCAGAGGACAAACAGACACUCAUGUGCUCACUUCUACCUGUGCCUUGUUGACACAUAACACACUUCCACCAAAGCCACUGAGGCUCUUGUGAAUAAACUCUUAUUCUCCA